UCUGUUCUGCAUCAUCAUGCCCUCAGCUCUGCUGCUCCUCUAACAGAAAGGAAGAAAAUCUAACUGGUGUCUAUUGCAGCUGCUGCUCCUUCGUAUCUUGUAUCUACCAAUCAGAAAGCAACACCAGUCUCAGCCUUAAUGGAGGAAAAGCUGAGUGGUGUUGUGACAGAACAAAGGAAAAAGUCCAGAUGACAGCAGGUGACACAUUCCCACUAUGCUGACAUAGCUGGUCAAUUGACAGCUCAAGAACACGCCCUUCCUGCUGAACACCGAUAGUGCAGCAAUGAUUGUUAGGAGGAAGGCUUGUGUUGCCUUGGUGAUCGCUGCCAUCCUCUUCCUCAUGAUUGCCAGCCAGAGCAUUCAGAGGAGGUAUUUCCUGUUGCAGCCUGCAGCUCCGCCCAGAGGCCACAGCACGUCCAGUGGCAGGAUGACAGCAGCUGAAUUCACAGGCCCAAUUUCAGGUCAGGCACCUCCUUACCUGAAACCUGAACAAAUUCCCACCAAGGAAGAGAUGGUUGAGGAAGAAAUUGACGAGGAGGAGGAAGAGAUGGUGAUUCAGGAGCAGCUUAUGAAAAACGCUAAGCUGUGUGGCUGCUCUGAUGCCUGUAUUUCAGACAACAAUGGGUCGAAAUGGUUCAGCCAGCGCUACGACGCUAAACAGCAGCCCAUCAUCAAAGAGACUGGCAAUAAUUUUGACUCUGAUGCACUUCAAUGGUGGCUGAGUCUUCAACGGGCCGGUAACGAUCAGUCCUUGGAGGAAGUGAUCUCAAAGCUGUUCCAGGUCAUAUCCCCACCCUCUAUAGACUUGGAGCCCGUGCCCUCACGUUGCCGUAGUUGUGCAGUGGUUGGCAACUCUGGCAACUUACGGCAUUCUGGACACGGUGCACUCAUUGAUUCUCAUGGCUUCGUGUUCCGGAUGAACAAGGCGGUGACUAAAGGGUUUGAGGAAGAUGUCGGUCGUCGGACGACGCAUCACUUCCUGUACCCAGAGAGUGCAGUGGACAUCAGUAAUGGUACCAGCCUCAUCCUGCUGCCAUUCAAACUGAGAGACCUGGAGUGGCUGACCAGCGCGCUGUCCACCGGAACAGUCAAAAUGACCUACAUGAGGGUGAAAGCAAGAGUGCACGCUGAUAAAGACAAGGUUGUUGUGGUGAGCCCAGUGUUCUUUAAGUAUGUUCAUGAACGUUGGAACGAGCAUCAUGGUCGCUACCCGUCCACCGGCAUGCUGGCCAUCGUCUUUGCUCUGCAUGUCUGUGACCAGGUGUCAGUGUUUGGUUAUGGUGCAGACAAGCAAGGAAACUGGCAUCAUUACUGGGAGAAGAAUCAGUUUGCCGGAGCCUUCAAGAAGACUGGCGUCCACAGCGCUGAUUUUGAGAAUCAGAUCAUCCAACACCUUGCCAACGAAGGCAAGAUCACUCUACACCUCAACACGACCACAUCCGUGCAGACAGAACUAGGCACCAACGACAGACUGGCACAUAAACUCAAUUGACCUCUACCUGGCUGAUCGUCAAAACACCUGGCUGUCCUCUGGCACUCAAACCAAAUCUGAGCCAGUUUUUAGACCAUACAUUUGUUGUUUUGGGUAGAAAUUAGGCUCCUGCACUUUUUCUGUCAGUCACCACAACUGCCUUGAGUCAGACAUCCAGGAAUGCUGGAAUGAAUGUUGUUAAGCUUUUUCAGACAGCUGAAUUACCUGUGGACACAUCUGUGAGGCUUAUCUAAUUUAGAGAUCCCCUGCCUCUUCCAACGUUUGCUGGCUGAAAGAAGUUAAAGCUCAACUCAAAAAAAUCAGUCUGUUUUUCUAGACCUAAAACCAACUUUCCUGACGUGUGCAACUGCUGGGAUAGACCACAAAGACCUUUGCUGUGAGCUGGAAACAACCACAAACUUUAUUUUAUCCUAUCUUUGUUUUUAUUUGAUUUUAUAUUUACACAGGG